UGUGUCUCACAGAGUGGCCUUCCUCCAAUGUCCGAAGCUGUAACCCAAAUUUGAGGUUUUACUUUAACGUAUGACUCAAUCUAAAGUUUUAUUCUCCACCAUGUCAAAACCCCCUUAAGCUCAGUGUGUCUUCCUCGUAUGAAAAAAAUCUCUGUAAAUUAACGUUUUCAGGUUUACGAAAACCUGAGUUUCAAUUCACAUCUCUUACCCUUUCCUUUUUUUCCAAGUUAGUUCAUUGAUCUCUUCUUUCAAGUGCUCUUCACCUUUUGAUUUGAUAUAACGCCGGAUUUCUAAUCACAUGUAUGGAUAUAUAUACAUAUAUAGAGAGAGAAUUGAAUUCAGAUCAUUUCUAGGCUUCUAACUGUUUAUUGGGACGUUAUUGAUUGACUUUUCUGGUUCUGAUUUUAAGGGUGAUUCUGGUGUUUGAUUUGAGCUAACAAUCGAAGAUUAGUGUGCUUGAAAAUUUCUGUGAUAAAUUUAUAUAUGUAGAGAGAGAGAGAGAGAGAGAGAGAGAGAGAGAGAGAUUGGGAGAGAGAAAAUGAAUAGUAAUCAGAAGAAAAGGGUGUUUCAGAUAGAGGCGUUUAAGCACAAGGUGGUGGUUGAUCCAAAAUACGCCGACAAGACUUGGAAGAUACUGGAGUUUGCCAUUCAUGAGAUUUACAAUCACAAUGCCAGUGGCCUUAGCUUUGAAGAGCUUUAUAGAAAUGCUUACAAUAUGGUAUUACACAAAUUUGGCGAGAAGCUGUACUCAGGACUUGUGUCAACUAUGACUUUCCACCUGCAAGAGAUAUCAAUAUCUAUAGAAGCUGCCCAAGGUGGUUUGUUCCUGGAAGAGCUUGACAGGAAAUGGACAGAUCAUAAUAAGGCAUUGCAGAUGAUCCGUGACAUACUUAUGUACAUGGACAGGACUUUUAUUCCAAAUACCCAUAAAACUCCUGUUCAUGAGCUUGGGCUCAAUCUUUGGAGGGACAAUAUCAUACAUUCCGGCAAAAUUCAGACAAGGCUUUUGACUACACUUCUUGAACUGAUACUCAGAGAACGGAUAGGAGAAGUUAUAAACAGGGGGCUCAUGAGGAAUAUAAUUAAGAUGUUAAUGGAUUUAGGACCUUCAGUAUACCAGGAAGACUUUGAGAAACCUUUUCUUGAAGUUUCAGCUGAUUUCUAUAGGGCUGAGUCUCAGAAAUUUAUUGAUUGCUGUGAUUGUGGGGACUACCUGAAGAAAGCUGAGAGACGCCUUAAUGAAGAAAUAGAGAGGGUAUCACACUACUUGGAUCCGAAGAGUGAAAUAAAGAUAACCAAUGUAGUGGAAAAGGAGAUGAUUGAAAACCACAUGCUAAGACUAGUCCACAUGGAAAAUUCAGGUUUGGUGAACAUGCUUCUUGAUGACAAAUAUGAAGACUUGGGAAGAAUGUAUAACUUGUUCCGGAGGGUUCCCAAUGGUCUUUCAACAAUUCGAGAUGUAAUGACUUCUCACCUCAGGAACACUGGUAAACUGCUUGUUACUGAUCCAGAGAGGUUGACGGAUCCAGUGGAGUUUGUACAGUGCCUUUUGAAUGAAAGAGAUAAGUACGAUAAGAUUAUAAAUUUGGCAUUCAACAAUGACAAGUCAUUUCAGAAUGCUUUGAACUCCUCUUUUGAGUUCUUCAUUAAUUUGAACCCUCGUUCUCCUGAGUUUAUCUCAUUGUUUGUGGAUGAUAAACUACGCAAAGGUCUAAAAGGAGUCAGUGAGGAAGAUGUCGAACUUGUUCUCGACAAGGUGAUGACGCUAUUCCGUUACUUGCAGGAGAAAGAUGUUUUUGAGAAGUACUAUAAACAACAUUUGGCAAAGCGACUACUUUCAGGGAAAACUGUUUCUGACGAUGCUGAGAGAAGUCUGAUUGUUAAGCUGAAGACAGAAUGCGGGUACCAGUUUACUUCAAAGUUAGAAGGCAUGUUCACGGACAUGAAAACUUCUCAGGAUACAAUGCAGGAAUUUUAUGCAGCCCAUGGUGCUGAGUUAGGAGACGGCGCCACAUUGACCGUCCAGGUUCUCACAACUGGGUCUUGGCCCACUCAACCUAGUGUUUCUUGUGACUUGCCUGCUGAAAUGUCAGCUCUGUGUGAGAAGUUCCGAUCUUAUUACCUGGGGACCCAUACAGGUCGGAGAUUGACCUGGCAGACUAACAUGGGCACUGCUGAUCUAAAAGCAACUUUUGGGAAAGGACAGAGGCAUGAGCUUAAUGUGUCCACUUACCAAAUGUGCGUCCUUGUGUUGUUUAACAAUGCUGAUCGGCUUAGCUACAAGGAGAUAGAGCAGACCACAGAGAUUCCUUCCUCUGAUUUGAAAAGGUGCCUGCAAUCCCUGGCUUGUGUUAAAGGAAAGAAUGUUCUCCGAAAAGAGCCCAUGAGCAAAGAUAUCGGAGAGGAGGAUGCAUUUUUUGUCAACGACAAGUUCACCAGCAAAUUCUAUAAGGUGAAGAUAGGAACUGUAGUUGCACAAAAGGAGUCCGAACCUGAAAAACAGGAGACACGGCAGAGAGUGGAGGAGGAUAGGAAGCCUCAGAUUGAGGCUGCAAUCGUAAGGAUCAUGAAAUCGAGGAGAGUAUUGGAUCAUAAUAAUAUCAUCACGGAGGUCACGAAGCAGCUGCAGUCUCGUUUCCUGGCCAACCCUGGAGAGAUUAAGAAACGGAUGGAGUCUCUUAUAGAGCGGGAUUUCUUGGAGAGGGAUACUGCAGACAGACGAUUGUACCGAUACCUAGCCUAAGGAAACAGCUUUGACAGGUUUCUUGUCUCUAAGGGUCAUUAAGCCCCCAUAAUGGGUUGUGCCUCAUUUGGUACGUAGAAAAUUGCUUCUAUGGUCUAAUUUUCUGCAAGCUUCAAUUGUUUUUCAUGAAUUUCUUCUUAUUGCUACACUUCAUUUUGCUUGCGUUACUCAUUUAUCCUGAAUCAACUGCCAUAUACAUGUAUGGAUUUCCUUCCACUGAUUCUGUUCCCAACAUAAAUUCCAUGAGUAAAUAGGUUGUACAAAAUUGGAUGAGCUACAAUCUCUC